GAGAGAGAGAGAGAAGCGGUGUUUAUUGUCUUCUAUGUCUUUUGUAUAAUCCUUUUACAGAAAACAACUGGCAAUAUUUCUGCUUCAAAGGUUUCAAAGAGAAGAGAAGAAAUGGAUUACAGCCCAAUUAAGCCAGGACGAAGUGAAGUUGAGGAAGGUUUUUGUUGCCUUACCUAUCCCAAAAUACGACUUCGUUUCUCUAGUAAACAUUGUAAACACCGGAGAGAAGAAAUGGAUCAUAGCCCAAGUUCCAAGAAAAAGGCCGCGGACCAGUCGAUGCUGCUAUGCUGCAAGCUCUUCAUUUCCGAAUCGCACAAUCGCAGUGUUUUGGAUGCCAUUGAAAGAGCAGCCAGGCAUGAUCCAGAAUCCGUCAUCGUCACCAAGUUUGACGAUAGAGCUUACAAUAGAGCCAGAUACACCAUUGUUUCAUACGUUGUGCAUGAUUGCACAGGCGGUGCCGUCUAUAGCCCACUGCAACAAACUGUGGUGGCCAUGGCUGAGGCUGCUUUUGAUGCCAUAAAUCUCGAGACACAUUCCGGGGCUCACCCUCGAUUAGGCGUCGUCGACGACAUUGUCUUCCAUCCGUUGGCUCAUGCCUCUCUUGAUGAAGCGGCUUGGCUUGCUAAGGCUGUGGCUUUGGACAUUGGCAAUAGGUUCCAAGUGCCAGUAUACUUGUAUGCUGCAGCACACCCAACGGGGAAGGCACUUGACACCAUUAGGAGGGAGCUAGGGUACUAUAGGCCCAACUUCAUGGGCAACCAAUGGGCCGGGUGGACCAUGCCGGAAGUUCUGCCGGAGAAGCCCAAUGAAGGCCCAACUUCGGUAUCCAGAGCAAGAGGGAUCACGAUGAUUGGGGCAUGCCCAUGGGUGGCAUUGUACAAUGUCCCCUUACUGUCCACGGAUGUCUCUGCAGCUAAAAGGAUUGCCAGAAUGGUGAGCGCCCGAGGAGGCGGGCUUCCGACAGUGCAGACUCUGGGCCUUGUUCAUGGUGAGGACGCCACCGAGAUCGCUUGCAUGCUCUUAGAGCCCAACCAGAUAGGAGCAGACCGGGUCCAAAACCGGGUCGAGGUGCUAGCUGCCCAAGAAGGGUUGGAUGUUGAGAAGGGCUACUUCACUGAUUAUUCACCCGAGAUGAUAGUUGAGAAGUACAUGAAACUGACCUCUACUAACAGAGAAUAAUCACAGGGACCUACU